UUUUAAUUUUUGGUGUCGUCGACACGGAGGUGAGUGACUGAGGUGAGGUGGUGGUAGAGCAGAAAAAUACCAUAGUGAUUCAGAUUUCAAAGGCAACCACCACCACCACCACCAAAGUCCCAUGGCCUCCACCUUGCGCCCUUACUUGGCGUGCAUUCGCAACACCCUUGACGCCGCUAUGUGCCUCCAGAACUUCCCUUGCCAAGAAGUUGAAAGGCAUAACAAGCCUGAGGUUGAGCUCAAGUCGAGCCCUGAGUUGCUUCUCAAUCCGGUUUUGAUAUGUAGAAAUGAGGCUGAAAAAUGCUUAAUUGAAACAUCUAUCAAUUCAUUACGGAUAAGUCUCAAGGUGAAGCAGGCUGAUGAACUUGAAAAUAUACUGACCAAGAAAUUUCUUAGGUUUUUGUCAAUGAGAGCUGAGGCUUUCCAAGUACUGAGGAGAAAGCCUGUGCAGGGAUAUGACAUUAGCUUCCUCAUAACAAAUUACCACUGUGAGGAGAUGCAGAAGCACAAGCUCAUUGAUUUUAUAGUGCAAUUUAUGGAGGAUAUUGAUAAAGAGAUUAGCGAGCUCAAAAUGUCGGUGAACACAAGGGGGAGGCUUGUUGCUACCGAGUUUCUGAAGCAGUUUAUAUGAUGCUUUACCUUAAAAACUACCAAAUGCCUGUAAAUUUUCUUACUGUUGCAGAGAUGUUAGUUUCCGGAGUGGUUGGGUCCCAAUGCAAUGCCAGUGUUUGUGAUUGUAGUUACAGUGAAUAAAUUUUGUAGAUGUUAGUUUAAUUUAGGAAGAAAAAUCUCAUGCUGCAUAGGCCAGAUAAUGAUUUUAUUUAAUUAAUGGGAUUCUUAGUAGGUGGAAUUUUAAUUAAUUAUCUCAUGAAAAUUUAUUAUAUAGUUUUGAAA